UCGAUUUCGAUUUUUGAACGUGGCCGCUGCUCCCUAACGGUUGUUUCGCCGUCGCCAGAUCCCCGCCAAGCUCCAUCCAACUGAAACUACAGUGCAAUAAAAAAGAAGCGCGAGAAAUGAAAAAGCAAACAAAAUGUAAGCGUGAUGAUAAUUAAAAAUAAAAUACAAAGAGGCAAAGAAGAAACGAAAUUUACGCGUGUCUGCGACUCCCAAACCGAAGCCGAAACCGAAAUCCGCAGCAGGAUCUCUCCGGAUCUGAUCGCACCCGGCUUCUGGCUGCGCCUGUGCGCGAGUCCGUGUGUGUGAGUGUUCCCAGAGCAAGCCAAAUCAAUAAAUAAAAACCAAUUACAAAAUAAUACAAAAAAGAAACAAGAAGGAGGGAAAACAAGCUGCUGGACAAGAGACAAGCAAGGGGCCAGAAGACAGCGAAAGAAUUGAUACGAAAAAUAAUAAGAGUAAAAAUCAUUCACCACGGCGACCAUAACGAACUCCGCCCUAGCAAUGAGCCAGCUGGGCACCGUCUACGCCACCAAGCGCAGGCGACGCAACGGCAAGAGCCUGAAGCCGCCGCCCAAGGAUGGCGUCACAAAGAGCAAUCCAUCAAAGCGGCAUCGGGAGCGCCUCAACGCCGAGCUGGAUCUCCUGGCCUCGCUGCUGCCCUUCGAGCAGAACAUCUUGAGCAAACUGGAUCGACUGAGCAUUCUAAGGCUGUCCGUUAGUUAUUUAAGAACCAAAAGUUAUUUUCAAGUUGUUAUGCAUAAGGAUAAGGAAGAGAACGGAGUCCUGCCCCACAUACACGCACACGACGGCUACAGGACACGGGAGCUGGGCGCCUUCGAGCACGGCCUGCUGGAUGGUGAUAUGUUCCUCCAGGCCCUAAAUGGAUUUCUAAUGAUACUGACAUGCGAAGGCGAAGUCUUCUUUGCCACGCACAGCAUCGAGAGCUAUUUGGGAUUUCAUCAGUCGGAUAUCGUCCACCAGUCGGUGUACGAGCUGGUGCACUCGGAGGACCGUGAGGAGCUGCAGCGCCAGCUGCUGUGGAACAGCUUCCUGCCCGCCGACAUGUCCAGCAUGCAGCUGGCAGAGACCCUGGCGCCGGACAAGGCACUCUAUCUGGAGCGCAGCUUCACCGUCCGCUUCCGCUGCCUGCUGGACAACACGAGCGGCUUCCUCCGCCUGGACAUCCGCGGUCGCAUCAAGGUACUGCACGGCCAAAACCGCAAGACGGAGGAGCCUCCGCUGGCCCUCUUUGCCUACUGCACGCCCUUUGGCCCGCCCAGUCUGCUGGAGAUUCCUCACAAGGAGAACAUGUUCAAGUCCAAGCAUAAGCUAGACUUCUCGCUGGUGUCCAUGGACCAGCGGGGCAAGCACAUUCUUGGCUACGCGGAUGCCGAGCUGGUCAACAUGGGCGGCUACGACCUGGUCCACUACGAUGACCUGGCUUACGUAGCCAGCGCCCAUCAGGAGCUUCUGAAGACGGGCGCCUCCGGGAUGAUUGCAUACCGGUACCAGAAGAAGGACGGCGAAUGGCAGUGGCUGCAGACGAGCUCCCGGCUGGUGUACAAGAACUCCAAGCCGGACUUUGUCAUCUGCACGCAUCGGCAGCUGAUGGACGAGGAGGGCCACGAUCUGCUGGGCAAGCGGACAAUGGACUUCAAGGUGAGCUACCUGGACACGGGCCUGGCGUCCACCUACUUCUCCGAGGCGGAUCAGUUGGUGGUGCCGCCGAGUGCCUCCCCCACUGCCCACUCUCUGCCGCCGCCAGUGACGCCGACGCGACCCAAUCGACGCUACAAGACGCAGCUGCGCGACUUCCUCUCCACGUGUCGCAGCAAGCGCAAGUUACAGCAACAGCAGCAGCAACAGCAGACGCAGCAAACCUCGCCGCUGGGCGGCCAGGUGGGAUCACCUGCUCCAGCAGUAGCCGUGGAAUAUCUGCCUGAUCCGGCGGCAGCCGUGGCUGCCGCCUACUCCAACCUGAAUCCCAUGUACACGACCUCGCCGUACGCCAGCGCAGCGGACAACCUGUACAUGGGCAGCUCCAUGCCGGCCAAUGCCUUCUAUCCGGUCAGCGAGAACCUCUUCCACCAGUACCGGCUGCAGGGCGCCGUCGGUGGCUACUACACGGACUAUCCGCACUCCGGCGCCCCGGCCUCGGCAUACGUGGCCAACGGCUUCCUCUCCUACGACGGCUAUGCCAUCGCCUCCAAGGCGGACGACAAGUGGCAGGAGACCGGCAAGUACUACAGUGGCUACAGCAGCGGCUACGGCAGUCCUACGUCCACACCUCAGCAGAUACCGCUGAAAACGCCCAAGUCUUCGCCGCAGGUGAUGGAGGUCAUCUCCUGCUCCUCUGAUGGACCCUCGCCCGUGAGCGGUGCAACGCCCAAUGGCGCUGGAAGUGCCACGCCCAAAGUCGAGCUGUCGGCAACGACGGCGGCGGCAGUUGCUGGUCAGGAUCCCUAUGAGAGGCAGACGGUUCUUAUGUGGGGCACCACACACUCGAGCGGGGUGCCACUGAACAGCUUGCAGGGAGGACGAACUGCUUCCGGUAAUCCUGGCUCCCCGCAGCGGGUGACGCCCCUCACCAACGGUCUGGGCUAUGGCAAUGCCAAUAACAAUAACGAGCACGAACCGGCCACGGCGGCCAAGUGGAACGGGACAAAGGAGCUGCCCGGGAAAUCGGCCAGCGCCAGCACUCCGGAGAGCUACCAGCUACAGCAUGACGACUCCGGCCUGUACUCCGCUUCCUCGCACACAACUUCGCCCCAGCAGCAGCAGCAGCAACAACAACAACAGCAACAGCAACAGCAGUCGCAGCGCGGAGUUGGUGCCAAUGUUAGCGCUCCCAGCAGUUCCCUCACGCACCCAGUAGCGGUCACCGGCACGGGCACCAGCACGGGCACAGAUCACCAGGCGGUGCAUCCACCCAGCUGCCACCAGCAACAGCAGCAGCAGCAACAACAGCAGCAGCAGCAUCAUCACGCCCACCCGCAUCCGCACUCGCAUCAUCACCACCACCAUCACCAUCACCAUGAGGCGGCGGCGGCGCAUCAGCACGGCAGCGAGAUCAUACUCACCAACCAUCAACAGCAGCAGCAGCAGCAGUCGCUGGGUGCCGGCUAUCCCCUGCACCACCAGCUGGUGGGAGUAGGAGCAGGAUCGUCGCCGCCGCCACCGCCAGCGUUGUCCCGCUCGCCCACAGUCCUGCCGGCGGUGAGCAGCCUGCUCAAUGGAGCCGCAGUGGCAGCGGCCGCGGGAUCAGUCUCCGAUGGGCUGCCAGCUUAUCAGCAGGUGGCAAUUGUGUCCGCUGCCCCGCUGGUCAUCUGUGCCGAUGAGGUGGGCGGCAUCGGGCGCAAGGCGGCAAAGCAGCAGUCGUCCCUCCAGCAGCAGCAUCAGCAGCACCAGCAGCAGCAGCAGCAUUCUGCCCUGCAGCAGCAACACCAGCAUGCGAUAUACCAGCAGCAGCACUCACAUCAUCAUACGCAGCACCAUCAGUUGCUAUAUCCGGCGAACAUUACGGCGCACACGGCGCUAGCCUACGCUCCGCCGCCGGUGGGAGGCGCCUAUGCCGAUGGCAGUCCGCUGCUUUCCUUCUCGGAGGUGACCAACACGCUGCUGAACCAGUGAGGGGCAGCCGAAGGGGGAGCACACAACAACCAUGUUCAACAGUUUUGCCAAAAUGUGGACUAUGACUAUCGUAUCUUCCAUGUAAUCUGAACCCAGCACCGCGCCGGCAACGCCUGGAUGCCGCUUCAUCCACCCAAUCCUUGGUUCCGAUUCUCGCAGAGGCCGCAGCAGAGAAGAUUUCUAUUUAUUUUACUGUGAUAAUUUAUAGAUACAUACGAAAUAGCGGUGCAGCAGCAGCCUUAACCAGCACAAAGUCACGGAGCGAGCCUCCGCUGAUCCGGAGCACUCCCCGGUGGAGAUGGAGGCUCGGCCCGCGACUAUUCACUUUCAGUUGUAGUUACAACCAAAGAUUUCUCUAACUUAUACGUAUCGUUUUAGCAUAAUACGAUGGCUUCGGUUUGUGGCGCCAGACUUUAGUUACAUUUCAGUUACACUCGCUAACACAGAGUACGGAACGAGUAAAUGCCUAAGUAGUUGCGUUUAAGAGAGAGUGCUUAAGUAGAACGUAAGAGAAUAACAGAUGCUUGUAUCCAUAUUUAAUUAAUUGAACCUCUAGACGUAGCGAGUAAGGCAAGUUAAAGUAAUUUCAUCAUGAUUCCUAUCGCCUAGCAAGUAACUAACUUAUAAUCCGUAAGCGGAUGUAUCCGUAUAUUACUGUAUUGUAUGUUUAAAGUUUUCUCAAAAAUUUCUAGUCGCCCGCAUAAAAACCUUUACUUAUAAAUUAAACAAUUACCUAACAAUAAUAAACAUACUUCGAUAGUAUACAAAUUUGGCAAUUUGUCAGUCGUCAGGCCAUGCUGUAGGUAGUCUGUACUACCUGGCAUGAUGACAACCGACUUUUGAUAUAACGCAAUGGAUGAAUAAGCUAUCAAAAUUACUGCAUAAUAUUCUAGAAUCUAGAUGAUUGUGUUUCCGAAAAAAAAAACAAAAAUGAUGUAGAUAAAAUAUCUCAGCUAAUCAAAGGAAAAAUCAAAUGAAAUUUCAAUUAUAUAAAUUUAUAAAAAACAAAUCCAAGUGCAUGUAAAGCACGUCUAUCCAAAACA